AUGCCGCACUGGCUCUUCUCUGACAGCAAAGAGUCGGUGAAGGGAUGGAAGGAGAGGAUUGUAGAAGAGUCGGACGAGCUCCUCAAGCUCGUAAACAGAAAGUUCCGCCCAGAUUUCAUGUUGCUAGGAUCCAGCAAAUGUGGCACCAGCUCAGUCAUCCGAUACCUCCUUGCCGUCCCCGAGGUCUCCCUCGCUAGCCGGGUGGGGAUGAUAGAAACUCAAGAGGAGAUCCAAGACUGCAUAGCAUAUUCAUCGAGGCUACAGGAAGGGCAAGGGGCGAGCGCCAGCAUGCUGGCACACUACACUCCUCACUACAUCUACCAUCCGAUGACUCCUUACAACCUUGAGCGCCUCUUCGGCUCCGAACACAACAUCAGGUUUCUCGUGAUGCUGCGGGAGCCAGUGGCGCGAGCGGUGUCGAGCUAUUACUUCAAGGUGAAGACGGAGAGGGAGUCGAGGACUCUCGCAGAAGCCAUAAGUGCCGGGAUCCAAUAUCACACCAACAUGCGCCACAAGAUCAUCUACAUCGACAAGACCCUUCCCGACUGUCCUCCUCUCCACGAUCCCAACCUCUUCAACGAUCAUGUCGGCAAGGGCGUGUACCACGAGCAGCUACGUCGAUGGAUGCACAUAUUCCCAAAGGAGAGAUUCUAUGUUUGUACCCUGGAAGAGUUCUCCCAGGACCCCGUGGGAAAGCUGUCGGAGAUGCUGUCGCACAUCGGGAUGAGUGAGGAGGACAUCAGGAAAUCUCGUUCUGUCCUGGAGCAGACCGUGCAGAAGAAGUGGAACGUUACACAAUCGUCUUCCUCCAGCGCUGACCAAGAAGUGCUGGAGCAGCUCAAGGCUUUCUAUGCGCCGCACAACGAGAAAUUAUUCCAACUCUUGGGGAGGAGAUUAUGGGGGAUGUAAUGAAUGUAGGAAACUCUCCAUCCAAAAUUCUCCAUGCUUCACAUUGCAUUUGGGACUUGGCGCUAGUUCAUUCAAAAACUGAUCUUCAAAUUUGCGCCUGUAAAUGAUACAGGAAAAACAUGGGAACAUGUGCGGACUCGAUGUCGUCUUUCCGCGUUGAGAUCGCCUUCAUACAUGCAUCUUUUCUUCCUCUCCUAAAGCAGGAGUGUCCUUCUGCGGAAGAAUGUUAGAUCUUUCUAGUGACUGCUUUGAUGAUUAGCGGCAGUACUUGCUUAUCCGCUGUCUGAAGGGUUCCAACCUGUUGUUCAGACAAAUAAGCGGUGGGAAUCGACAAGAAACACAGAAAGGAGAAUGAAAUAUGAGUUACAGGU